CUGGAUGGAGGAGCUCCCCGGUGUCUUCCUGCGCUCUCAGCGCACCUUCCGCAGACGGCAGCAGCUGCACGCUGGUUAAGCUGUUAACCCGUUUGCUGCCGAACAAUUUUGGGAGCGGUCGACACUCGCUUAACGCCAGAAUGCUAAGCACGGUCGGAAAACAACUCAGGAAUCACCCAGCCCUGAUCCCCCUUUUCGUCUUCAUUGGUGGGGGGGCCACCAUGUCCAUGAUGUACCUCGCUCGGCUGGGGUUGAGAAACCCUGAUGUCUGCUGGGAUCGCAAGAACAACCCAGAGCCUUGGAACAAAAUGAGCCCAACAGAUCAGUACAAGUUUUACACAGUGAACAUGGACUACAGCAAGCUGAAGAAGAACGGGCCUGACUUCUAAGAUCAUAUCUACUGGCAGAUGCCUGACCAAAGGCUUGCAGAAAUGAUGACUCUUCGCAGCUCUUGAAGAACAUCCUCCCCAGACUUAAGAUGUGAAGGCUAAAUCCGCACAAUGUUUAUCUAUUUGAGUUUCUUCCAUCACAUCUCAUUGACUUUUUUGAAACCUGCCAUUUUUUCUUAAUUUAUGGUGGUUGUCAAUAAAAUGGAGAUUUUUCUCCAGCAUACAAAGAAAAGAA